AUGAGGGAAGUGUUCCUUCUUACGUCAAAGUUAUUAUUAAUGUUUUACUUGAAGCGAAGAAGGAAAUCUCUCUUCUCACCUGCCAGUGAAGAAAAUGAAUCCCUCAGAGCCAAGCUGAAGAAUUCCUUGCCAACAGGAAAUAGGGAUGUUACCAAGCAGAAGUCUACCAGUCCUAUUCCCACGAGUAAUGCUGACAGAGAAUCAUCACAAGUCGAUCCCGAUAUUGCACGAUCAAUUGUCGUAUCAGGAGUUCCAGAAAGUCAAUCGCCUAACUCUGUCGAUCGCGCUCAUCAUGAUAUUCAAUGUAUCUGCUCUCUUCUAAAUUUCUUAGGAAUUGAAUGUAUCCCUUCUAUGGUCUUCCGCAUGGGUAUUAAAAAUAGUUCAAGGCCCAGACUUUUGAAAGUUGUACUACCUAGUAGUCGGUUCCAGAUAGAAACAAUCAAGAGAGCACCUCGAUUACGUUUCUUUUCUCAGAGAGGUGUGUACAUUCGACCUUCUCUCACAAAAGAGGAACGAGAACGUAGACGUGAGGCCCGUCAGAAAAAUAGCGAUCGCAAUAACAACACAGCAGUUGAAACAACACAACGUAGUAACUCCGAGCGUGCUAAGACAUGGCUCACCUCAAAACAUGAUACUACCCCCCUCCUAGGCGUUGUGAGCUCGCAAUAUGAUGUUUUACGUUGUGAUCGCCUCCAGAAAAGAGGUGGUGGAGUUCUUGCCCUAAUCAAGAAUACUAUGUCUUACGAAAUCGUUCACAAAGAAUCACUGAACGAUGCAUUCGAAAUACUUAUAGUUGAUCUCAUUAUUCGCCAUCAGACUUUUAGAUUAAUACUAGUUUACAGAACCCCAAUAUGUAAUACUCAUAACUGCAGUCUGUUGUGCAAGGUGAUCAGUGACUUUAGCUGCAGCAAUGCACCUUCCUUGAUUGUAGGCGACUUCAAUCUAGCUGAUAUUGAUUGGCAUGUUGAUGACCAGUUUGCUGAUUGCAACUCCAUUUCUAGGGAUUUCCUCGAUAUGUUCCGGUCGCACAACUUUGUACAAUUUGUCAAAAACCCAUCCCGGGGCGACUCAUAUCUUGAUCUAGUUUUAUGUAACGAUGACCACUUGAUUCAUCGAUUAGAAAUGCAGGCUCCAAAUCGUUCCCUGAAUGUGGCUCCACGGAGAUGGAUCAGAGAUUUCAACAAGGCUAAUUACGGAGCUAUUGGGAAUUAUCUGAGCGAUAUUGAUUGGGUUGGAUCUUUUGCAACUGUAAACUCGAUUGAGGAGAAAUACGAGCUAUUCAUUACGAUACUAAACGACGCUAUAAGCAUUUUUGUUCCACUAGUGCAUGCGUCGAGAGAACGUUAA